UGCCCUACGAGUACCUUCUCGCACCCCGCACGCCGCAUAUAAGUUCCCUCUUCUUUCUCCAUUUCCCUCACGCAUCAGACGCGAAGGCAUCGCUCCAUACCCUCUCUUUCUCUCUCUAGGUUUCUUUCAUCUCUUUCUCUCUUCGCUUUCCAUCCAAGGAAAUUGGCAGUUCAGUCUGCUGUAUCUGCAAUUCGCCAAAGUGGAGUGUGUGACGUCUAGAACUUAUUUAUGUCUGAACGGGCCACUCUCUGUUUGUCGUCAAUUGGAUUACUCGGUGAAUAUAGCCCUACAUCUAGAAAAAAGUGCAGAGCUGCUUCCGUUGAAGUUGAAUGCAAACAGCUUGGUUUAUCAGAGGGGAAUCACGCACAUUUUCUUGGUUGCCAAUUUAUGCAACCGUGUGGUAAAGGAGUAUUUCGGGUUUCAAGAGGCAACACCCUUCUGAUAUAAUCUAUCAUCUCUCACACCAUGGCUCUACAAAACAUCGGUGCUUCAAACCGUGAUGAUGCCUUCUACAGGUAUAAGAUGCCAAGGAUGAUCACUAAGAUUGAAGGCAGAGGAAAUGGCAUCAAGACUAAUGUGGUUAACAUGGUUGAUAUUGCAAAGGCCUUGGCUAGACCUGCUUCCUACACUACAAAGUAUUUUGGCUGUGAGCUUGGAGCCCAAUCAAAAUUUGAUGAGAAGACUGGAACUUCCCACGUGAAUGGUGCUCAUGACACUGCUAAGCUUGCUGGACUUCUUGAGAACUUCAUCAAGAAAUAUGUGCAGUGCUAUGGUUGCGGGAACCCAGAAACCGAAAUUAUUAUAACCAAGACGCAGAUGCUAAAUCUGAAAUGUGCUGCAUGUGGGUUUGUGUCUGAUGUUGAUAUGAGGGACAAGCUCACAACUUUUAUCCUUAAGAAUCCUCCAGAACAGAAGAAGGCGGUUAAAGGAAAGAAAGGCUUGAGGAGGGCCGACAAAGAACAACUUAAGGAAGGGGAGGCCGCUGACGAGGAGCAAAAGAAGCUUAAGAAGGAGGCAGCAAAGAAGAAAGGAACUUCGGGUUCGAGAGCAUCAAGCAAGAAGAAAAGCAAUGGUUCUGAUGAGGAUCGCUCCCCUGCUCACAGCCAGGGAGAUGAGAACGACCAAGCUGCUGAGGAGGAUGGGGAUGAUGAUGUCCAGUGGCAGACGGACACUUCUGUCGAGGCUGCUAAGAAGCGAAUCCAGGAGCAGUUGAGUGCUGUUACUGCUGAUAUGGUGAUGCUUUCUACCAUUGAAGAGAAAAAGUCACCAAAGCAGUCUCCUGAUCGUGAAGUGAAGAAGCCUGAGACAAAGAGCCAUCAGAACGGUGCUGAUUGUUAUACCCACGAAAGACUUGUUAAUGAGAUCAAACAAUCCUUGCAAAAGGGGACGUCUGCAGCUCAGCUUAAAUCCUUUUUGGGCACUCUUUCUGGCACACCCCAAGAAGUUAUGGAUGCCCUACUCGAGGCUCUCUUUGAAGGUGUGGGAAAGGGGUUCUCUAAGGAGGUUUCUAAGAAGAAAAACUACCUGGCUGCAGCAACCCGGAUGGAGGGAUCUCAGACAGUUCUAUUGCAAGCUAUCGAGUCUUUCAGUGGGAAGUCUAACCCUGAUGCUGCAAAGGAAGUGGCUCUUGUUCUAAAACUGUUGUACGAUGUUGACAUUCUGGAGGAGGAAUACAUUAUGAAGUGGUACCAACGGGGCAUAGCUGGGAAGAACAAGAGCUCCCCGAUUUGGAAGAAUGCCAAGCCGUUCAUCGGGUGGCUCCAGAGCGCCGAGUCUGAAACGGAGGAAGAGUGAUGGGUAUUUCUCUGUCGUUGAUUUGCUUGUCGUCCUGUUUUUUCCUUGUUUGCUUAUGCUUUGAGUGUGUUGAAAUAAUGGCCUGUUGGGGCCUUUCCUGUUGUUAGUGUUCACCCUCUGGGCUCCGCUGUUGUUGUCUUUGAUUUUAUCGGUUUCGAGUGCAAUGUCAUUUGGUGGUCGUGUCUGUUUUACCAACUAUUAUUGUGUUCAGUGACAUUGGUUUUCUUAUGCAUUUGCCUUAAUUA